GUUGAUAAAGCGAUUGAAUGGGUUUCAUAAUAAUUAACUUUAAUGAAUUCAGAAUCUCAAAUAAAACCAUUUAUUCCCAGCAAAGAUAUUUGGAGCGAUGACUUGGUGUCUUGUGAAGACACAGAUGAUUGCUCACCACAGGUUCCUAAAAUUACCCACCAGUUCUCGAAUACUUUGAAAACUAACAAGGGGAAAUCUAAUAAAGAAGAUUUUAAUUUGAACUGAUUACUCUAAAGGUGAAUGGAAACGGCGAUUCCCAAGACAGCAGAUCUAAGCAAGCUUCUUCACUUGCAGAUUCAUCUCCUUUAGAGAUCUGAAUUUCUCGAGCAAAGAAAUCCAAAGCAAAGACUUAUAUUAGAAGUUCUCAGAAGCGAUACUUGAACGACAAGGAGGUAAAAUUGUUGAGAAAGAUUUCCUCAAGUGAGAUCCUUAAGAUGUUGUUAACUUAAAACCAAAUCGAUCA